ACGUGGGGCCUCUCCAUGUUCAAUCAGUCGUUCGGAAUUCGCGAAACUAUGCGGUCGGCGUACGAAGAUAGCGCUGCCGUGUCCACGGAUAGCAGCAAAUACCACACCAGCUAUAGCUAUAAUAGCCAAACGAAUAAUAAUAACAAUAAUUACCAUAAAAAUUAUAAUGGCAACGGCAACGGUAAUGGCAUACCCUAUCACGCGCGCGAGAACUCAUUGCCCUUUAGCUAUGGCAAUGCCAAAGCAGCGACGCCGCUGCGCAAAACGCCAACUCCGACGCGCGCCGAUAGUUUUCUCGACUUUGAUUUUGGAUUGAGCAGCAACAGCAACGGCAGCACCAAUAAUAAUAAUAAUAACAAUAAUAAUAGCUAUAAUAGUAGUAGCAGUACGGGCAGUGAUAUGAUAAAGCCGCAGCCACGUCUAACCAGCCCUCUGUUAGUGCGCAAAACACUCGGCGGCAGCCGUUCAAAUACAAAUGGCAAUGCGAAUGGCUCGAAUACAAAUACCGUCAUAUCGAAUACCUAUCAUUACGGGUCGGCGGCGGGUGUACCGAAGCCGCGUGUCGACUUGGAGCAGCUGCUGGGCGAGCGACGCGACAAGGUGUUCAGCGAGUAUCGAGUGCGGGAAAAGGAGCGUGAACUGGAGCGCGAACUGGAGCGUGCUACGGCACGUGUGCCGCCCACGCCGCCACAGCGCCGACAAAGCAACAGCCUCAGCCACAACAAGUACAAUUAUGAUUUUGAAUUCAAUCUGAACCUGAACGAUAUCAACGAUCGCAGUUCGCUGCCGUCGCCAGCGCCAGCGCCAGCAGCAGCGCCCUAUACGACACGGAACAUCGAGGUCAGACAGGAUAUGGAUGUGCCGGAUGGUGCGAUCGGUGGCACUAGUCGGCGCUUGGAGUCCACACUUGUGGAACGCAAUUAUCACACAAUUAACAACAGCAGCCGCAGCAUCAGCAGAGGCAACAACUACAACAAUUACCACAGCUUGGAACGACCUCCAAUGGAAGUGACAUACAAACAGCUCGCUGAGCCACAGUUGGAGCAGCAGGCGAGCAUUUAUGGCCAGAACCAGCUGCAUCUGGAGACGCACACGCGCAGCCGUCGCGAUUUGUCGCCCAUUUAUGCCAUCAGCACGAAACGCAACGCAGCAACCGCUGCAGCUGCUCCAAAUAGCAAUGGCCAUCAGGUACAGAUACAGCAGCAGCAGCAGCAGCAGCAACAGGCGGAUUACCUGCUGACACCCAGCCCCACUAGCCGGCCAGAGACGCCCGCUUUUCCGGUCACGCCACGCACGCCGUUCGGCAGCAGCACCUUGCAGCGCGCCUCCCCCACCACAGAGUCCAUAUACCAGACAAUGGCCACCAAUCGGCAGCGCCUCAAUUCAGCGCCCUCGCCCACCUUUGAGGUGGCACCGGAUCUGGUGAAAUUUGCCCGCAACUCGGCCAAGUUCUGGUACAAGCCGAUGCUCUCCCGGGAGGAUGCCAUUGCGCUGCUGAUGAAUGCACCACCGGGCACUUUCCUGGUGCGUGACUCCACCACCUAUGCGAAUGCCUACGGUCUGGUGCUGCGUGUCGCUCAGCCGCCGCCGGGCAGCCAAGAGCUGGUGCGUCACUUUCUCAUUGAGCCGACGCAACGUGGCGUCCAUCUGAAGGGCUGCGACAAUGAGCCCACCUUCACCUCGCUCUCGGCCCUGAUCUAUGAGCAUUCCAUAAAUAAGCUGGCGUUGCCCUGCCUGCUGCGAAUACCCGAUGAGGAUGUGGUACCCGGCCUGGCGUCCACCACACCGGCCCAACAGCAUCUGCUCACCCAUGGAGCGGCUACGAAUGUGCUGUGGCUCUACAGCUGCGACACGGAGUCGCUGACUGGCAACGAGGCCAUACGCAAGGCCAUCCGGCAGAUGUACGCCCAGAAGCAGCUGCCCACGCCCACUGAGGUGCACUUCAAGGUGACCGGACAGGGCAUCACCCUGACGGACAACACGCGCAAGAAGUUCUUCCGCAAGCACUACACGGCCGACGUCAUCUCCCACUGUGCCAUCGACCCGGAUAAUCGCACGUGGAACCACAAUGGCAACGAGGCCGACAAGAAGACCAUCUUCGCCUUUGUCGCCCGGCGAUCGCACAGCUCCAAGGAUAAUCAGUGCCAUGUCUUCUGCGAGCUGUCCGUGGCCCAGCCCGCCGCGGCGAUUGUCUCCUUUGCCAACCGCACGCUGCCCGUCGAGAAGCAGCGCAACUACGUGCUUUGAGGAGCGGCCGGACAUGGAAAUGGGCCAGCAGCCAAAGGCGCACUAGGCGGCUUACCGUUAGAGCUGAGCAGUGUUGUACAGCGAACAUAAAUUAGAAAUGCCACGUAGAGGAGCACGAACAUUACACGAAAGCAACAACAAAAGCAAUAACAAAAUAUAACAAGCAAAAUAAAUAAAUUAACCAAAAUGAUGUCAGUUAAAAUUUGUCUGCUAGCUAACGCACAGUGGAGC